CAAAAAAUGUCAACACACGUGGAGUUGACGACUUGGGACAAACAAUAAUUGUUUCUAUGAUUUGAAAAAUAAAAAAAAAAACGAUCACCGGGUCAUGGAACCGUAUUUGGAACCCUUUCCGAUGGGUGGGUACGUUUUCAACUCCAGGAGGGCCCUGGAAGACCUGGUGAUGAAGAAAUCUCGAGGAGAAGAUGUCUCAAAGACCCUGCGAGAUAUAGUGGCAGCCUGCCGAACAUGUAGUUGGGAUCACGAGUCGUUCUAUCCCCUCAUCGUCGAGCUGCUGAUCCUCAUCGCCAGUAAAGAUCACCAGGACGAAGAGGCACUGCUCUCAGGUCGAAUAAUCUUCAGGAUGCUGACAGUGAGGUACUCCCAGGUAAAGCCACGGGCUGUGACUCACCAAACACUGGAGUUACUAAAAGAAACAGAUGAAAUUGAAUUGAUCAAUGUGAAGAUUGUUCCCCGAGAUCCAGAGCUAUUCAAACUAAUAAUAAUCGACAGUUAUCUUUCUAUGACGAAGAUGCCUGGGCUCAUUCAAUUCUUCCCUAUACUCCAGAGACAUUGUGGCACUUACACCAAAUACACAUUCCUAGCAUUUCGACUGCUGAAACGCUUUCUGAUUUCCACAAGAGGCACUGAUUUUUGGAAUCAAUUAAACGAACCCAUGGAGGGUUUGGGGCCAAUAGCCUGUGAGAUUCGCGUCAGAGAUCUUGAGAGGUGGAAUCCACCCGAGAUAUUCCGUUUGUACCAAUCAAUAAAGCAGGGUACGGAGUUGAAUUUCCUGGAGGAAUUCUGGCGUGUCACAGUAAAGGAUCUGUCCUGGGAGAAUUCCAUGAAAUUCAUGAUUCUCUCGGCGAUGGUCUCAGUCCUGGAGAGCCCUCCUACUCUGAAUUAUUUGGACAUCAGGGCCAUCGUCGAGAGCUUCCCCAAGAGCCACUUGAAGCACCCCUCGACGAAGCUGUACUUUUCCCUGUUGGGCAGGAUGUCUCAGGAAGAUUGGUGGCGGUAUUUCGGCAGAUCGGCUCUAUCAGUUGUCAAGUCGUGGGAGAAGGAGGAACACUGGGGGGCUUUGCAGCUGAUCUGGGAUCUGUGGUUCAGGCCGACUUUUCUGAAAUUCAAUCGCAGAAUGCUUUAUCUUAUUUGGCCUAAUUUGUCCACUUGUACCAUGUUUAUGUCUCAGUCUUUUUUCCUGAAGCUUGUAGUGGAGAAAAAUUACGAACUGUAUCCUCUCUUUGAGUCUGGCAAUCUAUGGGAGGCCAUAAACAUCUGGAACAGGGGGAAGAUCGUCUACCUGAGUCAUCCGUGUGAGUACGUCAGGCUGAAUGGCUUCGCCAUCUGCUGCAGAGGAGGCACAUUCAUGCCUUGCCACAAGGAUAACGAUUACGAAAUAUGCAAAGUAUUUCUGUACUACAAUUCACGAACAGCAUCAGCUCGAUUCAGGAAGGAAUUCCUCGAUAGUUUCAAAAUACUCAUCAAGAGAAUCUCAAAACGUCCCCUCGAAAAAGAAGAGACUGAUUUUUCAGAGUAUCUCCGGAGGUUCGUGUUGAACUGCUUCGAGCCUGGCUCCUGCUACCAGAGAAAGAUAAUAGGCCUGAGUAUCUACGAGAUCCUCCAAAAGUCAAGUAAUUUUUGUCCAUGGACGUCAACCGAUAAGAGGAGUUUCUGGGCCCUGGCGAGGCUGUGCCUGGAUUCAAUUAACGAGAUCAGCUCGAUGGCCUGUGACAUCUGUCUGCAGUUCAGCCCAGAAAUCAUCGAUGAAGACGCUGAAGUAUUGCACGCAGAGGGAUUGACGAAAUUUCAUUCCGAGAACUUCUACGAGAUCUCCGGGGGUAUGAAACUGCUCAAGAUAAGUUGCAGGUGGUUGAACACCUCGAAGUCUCUCCUGGAGGAAGCCAAGCUCCACCUGAAAGGUGCUAAAAUGUUACGCAUCUACGGAUCUCUCAUGGCAAUGCUGGACACAUUAAGCGUCAAGGCUGAUAUCUUGAAGCAGGACCAUGUCCAGGAGCUGGUGGAGUUCCUGGAGGAGACGUCAAAUUUCUUCUUGUUGUCGUUGUCUCCAAAUCCUGGCACCCAGUACUCCUCGUCCUUCGCAGAGAUGGGGAUAGCGAUAGAAGCCAUUAUAACAAACAGUGGAAUGAUCGAUGAAUCCACUAGCUGCAUGCUCUCUCCUGCCCACCAGACAAUUCUCUCAUGCAUUUGGAUGUCACUCGCGACAAUCAGUGAAUUCUGUGAGAAAUUGACAUGCAUUAAUUCAUUGGGGGGAGAAAUCUACAUUCGUCUGAUCGACAUUGUCGUGAGAAUUCUGAUGAGGUGUCGGCAUAAGGGUGCCAUCGAGGCCGCUGGCGUCGCCCUGGGGAGGAUGACGAGUAACAACAACCUGGGGGCUGAGUACUUCCAGGGACAUCUGGAGAAUUUGCUGAGUCUCGACUCCAGGGACGAGGUGGACGUGACGAGGAGAGGAGCAGGACAGACCAUCAUAUUUCAUAAACUCAUUUGUUUUCGAGAUCAGAACAAACGACCUCUCCUCCAUACAGCCGUCGCCAAGAUUCUGCAGGAUCUCAGAGAUUCCCCUGAGACUCGAGAUAACUAUCGAUCUAAUUCUAAAAAUGAUCAUCCAAUAGCUCGACAGCUCCAUUUCUUGAAGAGCGCUGUGCGCGAUAAAUCCCUUAAUCAGAAUUUUCUGGAGUACCUGGAGGAGAUCUUCUUGAUCUGUCUGAUGCAUCUGAAGUCCACUGAGUGGACCAUCAGGAAUGCCAGCCUGCAGCUUCUGGGGGCGAUUAUUCCUAGAGUUGUAGGCCAGGACGAGAGUGAAUGCUCUGUCGAACAUUUCUUCACUCAUUAUAGGAGGUUCGCUGGUCAGACGCUCCAGGAGCUGAGGUCAAGGGACUGCCAUGUCGCUGUCAUGGCUGUUCUUACGUUGCUCUCCAAGAUGACAGUAUCUAAUGAGAACUUGUCUGAGGAUUUCAGGAGAGAUAUUAUCAGGGAACUCCGAGAACUCUUCCAGGAUAAAGUAAUUGGGGUGAGAAAUCUCGUCGCCAAAACUUUCGCUGCUUUUGUGAAUUCUAAAGACGUCCCUGAAGUGAUUCUGGAAAUGACGAGGGAAGAGAGAAAGGAUAGGAAUUACAAUCACUGUCUUUUUAUGACACUGGAGCACCUCAUGACGAGGGCCAGAUGCGAGGGCACUGGAAAGACUGAAACAGUCCUGGAAGCCACUAAAGCACUCCUGCGGAGACUCCAGGGGCUCCUGGACCUCUGGACCAGGGGAAGACUCAACAUCGAUUACAUCGUGGAGACUGCGUUCCUCCAAUGCCUUUUGGCGUCCCCUCAGCUGACGAAUUCUCCUUGUUUCGAGGCUCAGGGAAUUGAGGAAGUGCUCUCAGGGAAAAUUCAACAGCAAGAAGACCGUCCUGGAUUCUGGGAGUUUAUCGAUCAUUUGAUUGAGAUUCAGGUGCAUUUUGGGGAUCAAUCUUUUGGGAAAUGGGUUGUAACAGGGACCAGGUAUGAUAUAUACGUCAUGAAGCAUCCGAAAAUUGUGGAGACUCAUAGAGAUGACAGAAAAAUUCAAGUUUUAGCUUCUGCUUUUCGGGAAAUAUCUGCUAUUCUCGAGGGGAAUUCUGCCCUGCAGGCGUACGGCUCCCAAAUUAUCAAAUUUGUCAUUGAAAUUUUAGAAAAGUGCAGGGAAAUAAAUAUUGAAGACAGUCUGAGAGUUGAUUAUAAAGGAAUAAUUUUGAAGCUGAUUGAUCAUUCGUGUGGACAUCAGAAGAGACUGGGAUAUUUACUGGUCGUCCUGACUCUCUUCGACAAGUACGAGUACCAGACUAAAACUUUGAAUUUCAUUUUACACACGAUUCGCAACGACGAUGACUCAGGAAAAUUCUGGGCCGUGGACUGCCUGCAAAAAUGUCGCGAGAAAAUUCCAGAUUUUUCGUCUCUGGAAAAUAACAUUAAAUUAAUGAUUUAUGCGAGUUUCGCAGCGCUGAUGAACGACGAAAUCCCUGAAAUCCGAGAGACGGCCAAUAAAGUCCUGAUGGAAUUUCAGAUAUUAGACAAUCCACCGGGUGAGUAUUAUAAAGUGAAUCAUUUGGAACAGAAUGUCCAUCGGGUCCUGCUGAGGGCAAUUUUCCUUUUUCCGUCACUUUAUCCACUUGAUCGACGUGAGCAGAUACAGCGUGAUUUCGUGGAAGAUGUCCUGAAUAUACCCACCAGACACCCGGAUAGUCGUUCCAACUUCGAGAACACGUACACAGAUCAUGUAAAAUUUUGUGAUAUUAUUCACUACGUGCUUAUAAAUUACUUGCCGUCAUUUGACGAAGACGAAAUUGAUAUUACCACUAUAAAUGAGACAGGAAUAGACUACCUGGAGGGCUUCGUCAAUGUCAGGAAACAACGCGAUGUUCUAUCCAGUUAUCUAAAUUGUCCAGUUUGGGAAUGGGUGGACAGCAGAAUAUGUCUCCUGAACCGCAUCAUCCGUGGCGAUAAAAAUCCAAUAGUAUUCUUGUAAUAUAUAUAUUUUAUUCACCUAGAAAUUACCUAGAUAACAUAUCUAUCUUAUUCUAAAUUCUGAAUUACGAUGAGGAAUUCUUAAUGGCUAAUAUAAUUUAUUACUUAAAUCUAUAAAUUUUUCUACACUCGAUCAUAAGUCAAAUGCACCAUCAGCCAGUGGUAUUCUCUUGCAAUUGUCAUGAGAAACGUUGGCAACGUGAAUGCAUGGCAAAAAAAAAUACGAAAAAAAAAAAUAAAUUGAAAUGCAAACUCACAAUUUUUUUCCACAAUGCAAGGUUGACUCCCCACAUUCUUGGGAAAUCGAUGGCAAUGUGUGCCCACAUCUCCAGCGAUUUCAUCUCUCGUGUUAUGCUUUGUAAUAUACAGUAGUGCUUCAGAUAUUUACAAUUAAUAUUCAAACUCAGUUAGUCGUGGGGGCUGAGGAUUAUCAGCUGCUCCACAGUGAUUGGGGUGUAUUUAAGCUACUCAGAUAUUCAGCACACAGUAUGCUAACGUUUAUCCUAACUCUAGUAAUUAAUUUCAUGGUAAUAAUUUUUAUACUCGAGAGGAAAACCCAGAGGAUUCAUUGGGGGCGAAUUUUCCUCGGUGAUUCAGCAAAGGCUCGAAUUUAAAUCAGGGGCCAACAGUCGAACGUUUUCCUCGAGCUUUCGAGGAAUAUCUCGGAAUCUGGGAGACUGAUUUUUUAUCUCAGGACAUUUUUUGUGGAGUCGAUUGAGAGCUAGAAUGUAAAAUUACAACAUGCCUCUUGGAUUCCGAGAUAUUCACCGAGAACUUACGUAAAAAAUACCUAAAAUAUAGAGUGAGAAUAUAUUUCAUGUACUUUUUUUGUUCUUUAUCUCCACGAAUGUAAUACAUUUCCUGAAAUAUAUAUUUUCCCUGUGGAUUAUUAGACGAUUAAUGAUUUCAAAUACGAAUUCUCCAAACAAAUA